AUGAAAUUCUCUACUAUUCUUUUUAUAUUUGCUAUUUUCGCAUUCUUAGCAAUUGAUGUGUCCGCAAAAAAAAAUUCAUGCAUCCAAAAAAAAAACGCUCUAGAUGCUAAAAAAUUGAAUAGGAAAUUCAAAAAACUCACACCAGACAGUCCUUGUACGUCUAAUAAAGACGCUUGCAUCAAUAGCAAAAUCGCCAAAUGUGAUAAUGGCAAAUUCGUCCUAUUUCCAUGUGGGCCAACUUUAGAAUGCUUCGCUCUUCCGCUUGUAAAUUCCCGUGGUACCUCAAUUACUUGUGAUACAUCAGCAGACGCUUCAAAGCGUAUUUCCGAUGCUCUCAAAUGCAAAGCCUUGACCGGUUGA